CAGGGGGUCACCGGUUUCAGGAGCGGAAAACUGGAGAAGACUCAAGAGCUGAUUUUCUACAAAGAUGAGGUGCCUGGCCUCUCAUUCAGUCGUGUUCAUUAUCUUUUCUGCUUUGCUCACUGUACCAACGACAGCCAGGCCGGGAGGUGUGUGGGACUUUCACAUCGACAACGAUCCUGCGCCGCCUCCAGACGAAGGGCCCCCCAUAUCAGCAGGAGCCCUUAGAGACCCAUCCAAGCUCAAAUUCGAGAUUGUUGGUAUUGUCGGAGCAUACAUCUUUUGGCUUCUGGUUACUUUCAUUCUCUACAUCUUUGUCGGGAAGAGACUUCGACGCAAGUAUCAGACUUCCAACCGCACUCUGAGUAUGGAGAUCAUCAAACCAGCACCACUAGCCAACAAUCCCACCAUGGAUGUGGAAGCACCCAUGAGAAGUCCUGGAAAGAUGGCCAGCCUCAAGUCAUGGGCCAGUGGAGGACGAACGCAUUCUCGCAAAGAGUCAAAUGUGACGGUCUCGACCAUCGAUGAAAGAAUUCUUGAGGCAGACAAAGCUAAGAACAUGGACGAAAUGACCAAGUUGUACGCUGCUGUCAUGUUACACGAUGACGAGAAGUCACAAAACACACACAGCAGUGCUCAGACAACUCCGAGAAGUCCCUAUUUCCCACAGCAUGAGGCUCUCCCUCCCACGCCUCGUUCGGCGUACGAUAAACCUUCAUCACCUCGGUUGCCCAACUACAUGCCAGCAAGUGGCGCAGGACCACUGUCUCCAAGAUUUCCUCCUGAAUUCCAACACCUAUACAAGCUACAGACAGACGAGAGUGCUCCGCCUGCACUGGUCCAUCCCUUAGCUCCAACUCCGGAUGAAGACCCUUCCGCACGAGCAGCGUCACAACAUAGCCGCAAGUCGAAAUUGAUUCCCUUGUCACUCAUUUCGGGUCGAAGAGAAUCGGAUGCUCAAAACAAGAAACGACCUAGUCGAAUCUCUGUUCGUGGACAGCCUAUCUCUGAACCUCUAGGCUCAGCUACUCUGACCGAGUCGUCUGUAUAUUCCGAAAAGAGCAAUGCGUCACCUCGACUGUACAACCCCGGUCCGCCGCCACCAACUCCAGGACAGAAGUCUGCUGUGGUGUCAAUGACGGAGAUCGAAAAGAAGGGACCACCUGCUCCACUCUCCUUGCGAAGUGCAACAGCUUCAAGUAGCUCGAACACUUUGCCUUUUCGACAAAUGUACGACGGCUCAUUGAAGAGCGCUCCCCCAACCAAGACAACCUUUGUGGACCGCCGCGAGAGCAUUCUAGGCGUACAUCCGAAGACCGGAGUGCCUCAGACACCGUAUAGUCCAUAUAUGCCCAUGACGCCGAUGACCCCAGUCACGCCUCGAAUGCUGGUGACAAAGAAGGACAGGAAGCGGAUGAAGAAGGAAGGUUUAAAGGUUUUUAGCGAGGACGACAUGGUCAUGAGUGAUGAAGACAUGUGGGGUGAGAUGAAGUGAUGCUUCGACUGAAUUUGUCACUGUUUUUGUGUUUCUUAUGUGCUUUCUGCUUCUUUUACCAGGCCAUGGCUCUGGAUACCAGAUGCACACUGCCGGCAAUGUACAGUACGCACCAUCAGGUAGCGGAUAGAGGAUACCCGAAUCGAAAAUAUUCUUG